AUGGUGACCGCGAGCAGGGCCGCGUUCCGCUCCGGGGGCCGCGUUCCGCUCCGGGGGAAGGAGGGGGAGGAAGUGUGCUGGUGUUCAGCAAGCUCGUCCGCCGCCGCGUCAGCGCCGCCGCGCCGCAGCCGCGCGGGCAGCAGCCGGCCGCCGCCCGCUUCAGCCGCCGCCGCGCAGCAGCCGCCGCCGCGCUGGCCGGCGCCCGGCAGCAGCCGCCGCCGCGUGCAGCAGCCGCCCGCCGCCGCGGGAGCUCCGCCGGCGGCCGGCAGCCGCCCGGCGGCAGGCCGCCGCCGCGGCAGGCAUCAGCAGCCGCCCGCGGCACCGCGCCGCGCAGCAGCCGUCCGCCGCGGCAGCAGUCGCCGUUCCCGCCGCGGCCUAGCCGCCGCGCAUGCAGGCCGCCGCCGCCGCGGCAGGCAGCCGAGCCGCCGCGGCAUCCGCCGCCGGCUGCAGCCGCCGGUCCGCGGCAGGCCGCCCGCGGCAGCCGCCGCGGCAGCAUCCGCCGCCGCAGCAGCGCUCUGCCGCCGCGGCAGCGCCGCGGACGCAGCCGCCGCGGCCGCUCCGGCCAUCCGGCCGCCGCGGCAGCCGCCGCCGGCCGCCGCCGCCGCGGCCUCCGCCGCCGGGCAGCAGCCAGGCAGCCGCGGCGGAGCCGCCUCUGCAGCCGCCGACGCGGCAGCGGCAGCGGCCGCGGGCGGCAGCCGCCCGCUCGCGGCAGCGUCAGCAGCCGCCGGGCAUGCAGCCGCCGCCCUGCGGCAGCCGCCGCGGGCAUGCCCGCCGCCGUCGGCAGCCGCCUUCCGCUGCAGCAGCCGCAGCCGGCGGCGGCACUGCCGCCGCCGCCGGCACGCAGCGCCGCGGCGCAGCCGCCGCGGAGCCGCCGCCGCGUGCCGCAGCCCGCCGCGGCAGCAGCAGCGCCUCCGAGGCAGCCGCCAGCAGCCGCCCGGCAGCCGCCGCGGCAGGAGCAGCCGGCCGCGGCAGCCGCUCGCGGAGCCGCCGCGGCAUGCCGCCGCCGCGGCAGCCGCCGCCGAGCAGCCGCCGCGCGGCAUCUGCCGCGGCACGUCAGCCUCCGCCGGCCGGCCGCGGCAGCAGGCGCGGCGGCAGGAGCCUCCGCGGCAGCAGAGGCCGCCCCCGCGGCAGCAGCCGCCGCCGCCGCGGCAGCGCAGCCGCGCCGCGGCGCCGCCUCCGCGGCAGCAGGCAGCCGGCCGCCGCCGCGGGCAUAGGCCGGCCGGCCGCGGCAUCGAGCAGCCGCCGCCGCGGCAGCAGCCGCUCCGCGGCAGCCAGACGCCGCGGCAGCAGCCGCCGCCAGCCGCCGCGUCUAUGCAUGCAGCAGCAGGCCCGCCGCGCAGCCAUCAGGCGCCGCGGAGCAGCAGGCCCGCAGCCGCCGCAGCAGGGCAGACGCCGCCUCGGCAGCAAGCAGCCGCCGCCGCCGCGGCAUCAGCAGCCGCGCGGCAGCCGCCUCCCGCGGCAGCAGCCGCCGCCGCCGCCGCGGCAGGCGCAGCAGAGCCGCCGCGGUCAGCAGUGCCGCCGCCGCGGCAUCAGCCGCGCCGCGGCAGCAGCAGCAGCCGCGCAGAGCCGCCGCCGUUGCAGCAGCAGGCAGCUGCGGCAGCAGCCCCGCCGCGCAGCCGCCGCGGCACCGCCGCCGCAGCAUCCGCCGCUGGGCAGCCGCCGCGGUGCGCCGCGCGUCCGCAGCCGCCGCGGCAGCCGCGCGGCAGCCUCGGGCCGCUGUCAGCAGCCGCCGCUGCCGCCGCCGGCGCGGCAGCCGACGCGGGAGCAGCCGCCGUUGGCAGCAGCAUGCCGCCGCGGCAGUUCCUCCGCGGCAGCAGCCUCGUCAUUCAGCCGCCUGCCACAGGGGAGAGGAACCCACAGGGACAGAGGGAGGACCCACAGAUCAGGAUAGAGGAACACAGGGACCGUGAGGAGGAAACCACUAGGACAGGAAGAGGGAGACCAUCAGACAGGGGGGAGGAAACCACAUGGACAGGGACGAGGAAACCACAGACAGGGAAGAGCGAACCCGGACAGGAGGAACACCCGGACGGAAGAGGAAAAACCACAGACAGGAAGAGGAACACCAAGACAGGAGGGGGAAACGCAGACAGGAAGAGGAACCACAGACCGGAAGAGGAAACCCACAGACAGGACACGGACAGUGAAGGAACAGACAGACAGCGGGGAGUGGAACACGACGAGGAGAGUGAGCCAAGCGGGGAAAGAGCAAAAAAUAGAACCAACCACGUACCGGAGGAAUGGGAGGAUAACGCAAAGGCGCAGAUAACGAAUAAAUAG